AUGCUUGAAAAUCAUCGUAUAGGUGUACAGUACAGAGAGGACUCGCGCAAUAAUGCCGAAUUGAGUAAUUCCACGAGUCAUGGUCGUUUGCAAGUCCCCUUUUUGGAAUGCGAAGCCCUCUCCAUGGGCCAUUACGGAAAGGAGAGCAAGCAAGGCAGCAACGACAAUCUCAACCCAAAUUCAUCUCUCUUUCGUCGGAUAACCCCGUUUCAAAUUGUACCGUUCGACGGUGCGCAAUUUCCUUAA